AGGGGGGGGAAGGGUCGGUCGCGGUGGUACGACGCGUGUGUACGUUUUCGAACACGGCCACCUAUACCACCCCGGAAAUCGCCGAGGUAAUGUGACAGUGUCUUACACACAGUUUUGUGCGGUGCAAGUUCGCGGUCACGUGGACUCCUCUUCCGCUGCUGCGGAAAGGUAGGAGGAUGACUCUGCAAAGUGGAAGGAGGGGGGAGGAAGUCAUGUGACAAGAAGCCACGUGGUAUCUUUGGUGGGCAGAAGAUGCGUGGACCCAGCAGCUUUUUUGGUGGAUAACGAUUCUCCGAAUCGUGUAAGAAAUGAGGAACGCAAGCUCGUCCGGAGUCGAGGACUCCGUAAAAUAUGAUCGCGGGCAGUGGUCAUCGGUGGAAAAAAUACUCGCGAAGAAAAAAACACGAUGACGGCGUACGAUUGGACGAGUUUUGGCGAAGGAAAUGUCCUCGAAGCCGUUGUUAGCGAAAGGGCUCUUCCAUAUCAAGUUCGCUACGGCGGGAGGAAAGGGGAAAAAGAUAUCCUCCCGGAGACGCGACGCACCGUCGAUACCGUGCAACGCGCGCGCUUCUACAUGGUGAGUGGAUCGUGAUAUUUUGUAGCCGCGGUCACAAGAUGCGACCGAAGAAUCGACUAAGAACUCUUGAGACUCUUCGGUACUACGUCACGGAGGAGCCGAAGACACGAGAUAUAUCGUUUGGCGUUGAGCAGCGGGAGCAGAAAGCGCAGCGGUCGUCGUUGUCGUAUAUAAGAAGUAUCUGCAUUCCUCCGCGACGGAGGGGACUACCGUGCUGUACGUGGCUGUGAGUAUACAUUAUAUAUAUAUAUAUGUAUUUAUACGUAGGCAUAUAUAUACCUCUGCACGUACGGUUGCGGGGAGAGUGAACCGGCGCGAGUACGAUAAAAAAGAUCGGGAGCAUUACCGGCCCACGAUCCUUCACCGAUCUGGAUCACAACCGAGAAACAUACACUCGAUCACCCGAUCCGUCGUACCCCGAUCGAAACGACGACGCGACUCGAACCGAGAUAAGAUCUCCGGUUUCGCACCAGACCGCGCAAAUAGAGUGUCUCUUUUCCCGAAUACUGUGCAACGAACGGAGUGCGGACGAUCCUCUGAAGUGACGCCUGUGCAAAGGUACGUUAAAGCGAUGUUGUUAAGAUCGUUCGCCUUACGGCGAAGAUGAGAGCACGAUGCCCGUGGGCUCUUACAGAGUAUACCAUAUGAGAAGCGAAUCGGAUGUCGGCAGAGUUUCGCGCAGGAAGCCAAAGUCUCGAAGUACCGAUUGAUAUCUGGGACCCGUGCCAAGAGGGCGAACCACACUGUCUAAUUAACUCCGUGACUGGAUGACCUCACAAAGAACCCUCUUCGCCCUUCGUUCUCUCCGUACGGCAUCACCCCGGCGCUGCCGUUGCCGCAACGUUCUUCGUUCGUCUCAUGUCCUCUUCUCGCGUUCCUAUACACCCUGUGCAGAGAUUUCGCAGCGACCCACGUCGUUCCGCGGCGUGGCCACGUUCGGCUUGUAUCGAAUAUGAGCGGGUACGUCGUAGAGAUAAAUGUGAACGUAGGUCGUACGUACGUACGUACGUGCAGUGUACGGUAGAGCGGUGCGAUACUCGGACAAAUGGACAAGCAGACGUUUCCGCAUCGUCGCAUUAAUCAGGAUCUAUGACAAAGUUGACUCACAAAUUACCAAUGGGAGACCCGUUGCCAGGAGACAUUGCAGAAUGGAAAAUGCCGGAUCAGGUGAUGCAGCUACAUCGGCUCAAGUUGAAGAAACGAGCGCUGCAAGCUCGCAUGAACAGAACAUCUAUUCAAAAAGUUCCAUCCUCGAUAGAUUUGACUAGCUCACUCACUUCAAUUGAUGGUAGCGUAAACCCUGUAUCUCAGAAACGUAAAAAUCCAUUUGCAAGGGAUACAACAUUCAAAAAGCACAAGACAAAUCCAAUAACAACACAAGAAUUAGAGGCUAGUAGUGACACAACGCUUUUUGAAUUAUUGAACAUCCAAAAAUCGAAGAAUAAAGCUGCACAUGGAGAAGAUACUUACACAUUUACAAGUGUGCUAUCAAAACUAGAAAAUGGAUAUGUAGAGGAACCUGGACCUCCUAAAGGAGCGAAUUACAUUCCAGUAGAUUGGACUUUAAAUACGAAAAUGCGAUUUAUGUCCCCCAAACCUUUUGCUUGGAAUGGCAAACUCAAAACAACAGAAGAGGCAUCAGCCACUACAGGUUUUGUUCGAUGCCUUGAUAUCGGUGAGGAGGAAACCACGCUGGAUACUAGUCCCAAUGCCAGGUUUCAUAGAUGCUGUUUGGUUUGGCAGCAUCCCUCACUGCCUUGGAUUGAAUUAUUUCCUCGUUCUGCUGGCAAAAUGAGUGCAGCUAUGAUGAGCGGUCCAAUGGCAGCCACAAACCAGUACGUAAAAGAUGCACUACACAGAGAUUGGAGCGAAAGCUUCAGAUCCUUGUUCCAACUCGUCAGGGCAAGACAGUGCCCUUAUUUCUAUGUAUGUGCCAAUACAUUCACCGUCCUUUUCCGAGCUGCGGGUAUUUGUGGGCUUUCACAAGUCCACGCUUUACUUACACCGACCACUAGGGGGUUCCGACAAAUUCUCAAACAAGCAGAUAUUGUAUUUACAAUGCCAUUAAAAAAAGAAUCCAAAAGACGGUCAGACACUACAGAUUCUGGGUGCGAUACUCUGGAUUCUUCAGUGUCGAAUAUGACAAAUCCUUCUUCUAAGGAGGAGCAUUUAAAUGAAGACGAUGACGACGAAGAUGCACCUGCCGAAAAGUGGCUUCAAAGUCUCGGUGUCGAAGCUUCCGAAAUUCGAAAAAUCAAUAGUUCCCAGGCCCGCCUGAACCAGGAGAAAGAAAGUGAACUGGACAACACAAGAGAGUCAUUGAUUUUUGUACAAGACGUUGAAGCGCAAGCUUUGUUUAACUUUCUGAUCAAUUGUAAAUCAGCAGUCGCUGUCACAGGUGCCAUGGCGGGAAUUCCCCCUACGCUUUUGGCACCAACCGCAUUCCAUGGCGCAACACUUAAACCAUUAAAGGUCAAGGAAAGUGUUGUCAAUGUCGACAACGAAAAAUUUUAUUCACUCGAACUGCGUGGACCCUUGCUACCUCAUACGCUGCCUUCUCUCUGUCAUUUAAUGACUUCUAGUCACCUAGAAAAAUUUUCAGUCAGUUGCGCCCACGUCGAUUCAACGACUUCUUUCUCGCUGGCGAGACAUGGUCAAGAUGGGGGUGAAGCAGCGGAACCAAAGGAUCCAGCGAAGGCGCCUCCUAGUGUGUUUGGUCAGGAAAAUCUAAGCGAUUGUGGUUUCGGUCCGAAAUUACUCAAGCAUUUUUGCAGCCCCGAUCCUACGCGUAUACUGGUUUUAGAGAGCUUGAAAUUUUCCAACGACGGAUACAUUUGGUCCUGAUUAAUAAGAUGAAUUUUAACUUCGACGAUACGCGGUCACCUAUACCAAAAAUGUUCAAAUUCAAUUUGUUAUUCACACCUUGAUCUACAGGUGACCGUCCAGUUGAAUAUAUCGUUAGUUUUACUUAAACGAAAGCUGAUAUCAUCGUGAAAUCUCAAAAAUGGAGUCAAGGUUGUGCAGUGACCGCUUUCGCUCAGUCUGACAAUUGACUCAAAUUUUUAAUCGGUCAUCUACUUUGUCGAACGCGAAUAAUCAAGUAAAGACAAUGAUCAUCUUCAAACAUUCGCUAAUUAAGGUUGAUCAUGUAUUUUUCUAUCUUUUUUAUUACAACUUUUACCAGCAUGUUUUGAUAGUAAAGCAAACCAACGGCAUCUAGUCAGCAUGAUUUUUAACGCUGAAUCUUCAAUAUCAAAUCCUACUCGCAACCCGCUGCAGAUAUUCACCGCGGGUCAUCAUCUUUUUAUUUAUUAUAGGUAUUAAGAUAAAACACGUGCCUUAACUUUGUCGGAUGUCUCUAUAUUUGUGAGGCGUGAAGCCCAAUAAAAUGCAUUAUUAUACCAGUA